AUGAGUACACUGGACCGAUUUAUACGCGCUAAUAUAAAGCUCGUUCACUUCGAACAGGAGCUUACCGAUGCGUCCAUAGAGAACUCUUCAGUUUUUGCUCUCGAGGUUCAUCGAGAGGAGCUCAGGUCCAUUUGGGGCUCAGUUAAGUCUCUUUACGAGAAAUGUGUAGACGAAGUGGACCAAAAGGCCAAGAAAAAGGGCAAAGAUGGGACAGAUCCAUUAUCCUCUAGCGACGUCAGCGACGAGACUCAUAUGGAAAGCAUUAAUGCACGUUAUCAUGCAUCAUACGAAACGUAUGUUAAGAUAGUAUCAAAAAUCAGCGCUGGAAUACAUGACCGUGGCCGGAACACUUCUUCAUUACCUCCCUCACCCUUUUCAAUCACACCACACUCCAAUUUCCAUCUGCCUGCGUGUGAUACUGAAACGUUUUGUGGGGACUAUAAGUCCUGGCCUUCCUUUCGAGACAUGUUCUCGGCAAUUUAUGUCAAUAAUUCCAGCCUAUCUAACGUCCAAAAGCUUUUUUAUUUAAUGAAGAAAACGGAAGUCAAAUCCGAAAAUGGCGAGGAUAUAAAAUGCUUACAGAGAGACAUCAAUUCUUGUAUCUCAUCACUACAGAUGUACCAUAUUGAUAUCUCGAGUUGGGAUCCAAUCUUUGUUUAUAUCUGUUCGACAAAAUUGCCCCGCACAACUCUUUCCUUGUGGGAACAUUCAAUACAAAACAAAAAGGACAUUUCCAACUGGUCCGAUUUAAAUAAUUUUCUUUCCAGUAGGUUUCAGACUCUUGAGACUAUUUCUGAAAUCAAUUGCCAGUCGUCCUCACACGAUUCUAGACAAACUGGUUUGAGAAAAUCCAGUCAAAACGUUUCGAAACAAAUUAACUCCAACCACACUAACGUUUCUGCUACCCCAGCGAAACAUCUUUGUAACCUAUGCAGUUUAGAGACUCACAUUAUCCGCAAAUGCCCAAAAUUUAUUCAGAUGUGUCCAGAGGAGAGAUUAUCGUGCAUCAGGAAAUUGAAUUUGUGUUUGAAUUGCUUUGCUGGUGGCCAUAGUGUAAAGGAGUGUAAAAGCUCACACAACUGCUUUACAUGUAAGAAACGACACAACACGCUACUUCACCGUGAUGCAACCAUUCAAGUUGCGCAAUAUCCUAACACUAAUGCGCAUGCUGUGCUAACGGAUUUUGACCCAGAUACAUCCAUCAUACAGUCCACUUCUCUUAACCCAACUGAAACCUAUAACGCUGUUUCAGAAUCCGUAGCAUGUUCUCCGACCUCUUUAAACAGUGUUCAGUCAUGCUUUGCCUCGCACACCCGCAAUGUCCUUUUAGGUACAGCGUUGGUUCAAAUCAGGCAUUCAGGGUUGACAUACAUCGUUCGGGCUUUAAUAGACUCAGGUUCACAAGGAACUUUUCUGUCUGAGAAGAUAUUCCAUACGCUUAAAAUUCCAUUUCAACGCAUUGAUGCUGAAAUUACGGGCCUUAACGGCGUUCCUUCAGCCACCGUUAGGAAACUGGCAAAAUUUACAAUAAGUCCGCGUUUCGAUUCUCAACUGGAGAUGAACGUAACUGCGUUAGUAAUUCCCCAACUUUCAAGAGACCUUCCCUCUAGAUCGAUCAAACCUUCAAUAUUAAACCUUUUUAACAAUAUAUUGCUUGAUGGAGUAAAACGUGAUAUUUGUGGGUCGCUGGUUGCUCAAGAGACUAUUUUUGGCUGGAUUGUGUCCGGUUCAGUCCAAAAUACGGAGAAUAUUUCCUCGUUUUCAUCUCUAGUUUCAUUUCUUUCUGAAAAAAGUUUGGAAAAAACGCUAAGACGUUUUUGGGAGGUGGAGAAUCUUCCUCGAAAGCAGCAUCUGUCCGAAGACGAUGAGUUUUGCGAGAAACUGUAUAAGGAAACCACAACUAGGGAUGAAAGUGGCAGAUUCACAGUUGGCCUUCCCUUCAAACACACAAUUUUGAAUUCAACAAUGCAAUUGGGACAGUCCAGGACCAUUGCAAAGGCACAGUUCUUGCGGAAUGAGUCUCGCUUAUUGAAGAAUCUGGAGCGAAAAAAUGAGUACGAUGCCGUAGUCGAAGAAUACCUGGAUUUAGGGCACAUGAAAAGCGUUCCAGCUCCCAUUCAUCAAAAUUAUCCGCAGCACUAUUACCUUCCACAUCAUUCAGUCGUUAAACCGGAGAGCACCACCACGAAAGUUCGAGUGGUAUUUAAUGCCUCCUGUCCGACUUCCUCCGGAGUAUCCUUGAACGAUAUCCUUCACACUGGACCUGCAUUACAGAAUGAUCUGGUCCUGCUUCUUCUUAGGUGGCGCUUUUAUCGCUUCGUCUUUUGUGCUGACAUUCAGAAGAUGUAUCGGCAAAUUAAAGUCCAUCCCAAAGACACUUGCUACCAAAGAAUUCUAUUUCGCAGGGAUCCGUGA